AUGUCCCGGGCGCCGAGCAGCAGCGCCGCGGCUCGUGGCACCGGGCCAAGCGUGCACCAGGUGACAUCCGACUCGGAGACAGCAUCCGGCUCGGAGGCCGCAUCUGACCUCGACGUGGUAUCUGGCCUGGUGACGGCAUCCGGCUCGGAGCUGCAGCUGAUGCGCCGGGGCCUCCUCACGCGCACCGGCGAGGUCAUCUUCCUGCCGGCCAACAUGCUGCAGCAUGGCCUGAUGGCCUUGCUUCGGGUGCUGGCGCGCCUGCGCGAGUCCCUGAGCCUGUCGGUGGAUGUGCUGCUGCGUGUGCUGCUGCGCACGGGCCCGGCGGCUGACGGUGCCGCCUGCCAGGCCGAGGCCCCGGCCGCCAAGGCCCCGGCCGCCAAGGCCCCGGCCCCGGCCCCCCAGCCACCGGGCCCGGUGACCCAGCGGUCUCUGAUCGAUGCGCUUGUCGCCCUGCCGCAUGAGGUGGGCCAAUGGCUGGUGCAGCUGGCCCGGUGGCUGUGGUCCGGCAGCGCGUCGCCCGAGUCGCCGCUGGCCGGGCCCAUGCCGCCGGCUCGGGCGGCUGCCGGGGCGGCCGCCCGGAAUGCCGGGCCUGCGGGCGAUUGCCCAAGUGUCCUGGCCCCAGGCCGGGCGGUCGGCACGGCCGCCGGAGGAUGCACACCUGCCCGCGCGGCCGACACCAAGACCGGCAGGCCGGCUGGCGUCCAGGUGUCGCUUCCCUGA